AUGGCUAAUUUAACACGUAAUCAAGAGCAGCAACUACGUGAUGCCUUCGAUUUAUUUGAUAGAAAUCGAUCUGGUGAUAUCUCAAAGAAAGAAUUGAAGAAAGUCUUGAAAACUCUAGGAAUUAAAGCCAAUGAAAAAGAAUUGCAGGCUCUAAUCAAUCAAAUGGAUGCAGAUGGAAGUGGUAAAAUCGAUUUCAAUGAAUUUAAAGCAGUCAUGGGGAAUAAGUAUUUCAGUCGACAUAGCACGGCAAAUCUAGAAGCUGCUUUUAGCAGUUUUGAUUCAGAUGGAAAUGGCUUCCUCACAAUAGAUGAACUGCAGAAUGUUAUGUCCAGGAUGGGUCGACAUAUGACUCUAAGCGAAAUUAAAGCCAUGGUCCAGUCCUUAGAUACAAAUAAAGAUGGCAAAAUUUCGUUUAAUGAAUUUGCUAAAUUAUUUGAUUGA